AUGAUUUGUUUUCCGCUCUGCAACCUUUUUCCUCACAGACGCAAACCUUUUUGUUAUAAUCUAUCUAUCUAUCUAUCUAUCUAUCUAUCUAUCUGUUUGAAUUAUUCUGUUCAUAUCUAUCUCAGUCUAUUCACAUCUAUCUAUCUAUCUAUCUAUCUAUCUAUCUAUCUAUCUAUCUAUCUAUCUAUCUAUCUAUCUAUCUGUUUGAAUUAUUCUGUUCAUAUCUAUCUAUCUCAGUCUAUUCACAUCUAUCUAUCUAUCUAUCUAUCUAUCUAUCUAUCUAUCUAUCUAUCUAUCUAUCUAUCUAUCUAUGCGUUUUGGACAUGCAGCUUUUCUCUCGCUUCUAGUCAAUGUCUAACUAGUUUCUUUACUCUUUCCUUCCGCAUUCUUUUCUCGCCCUUUUUUUUCUUGUCUGUGAAACUGAAAUGUCAAAGAACAGCCAAAGGCCCAGUGAUCCUAAUGAAACAAAACACCUUUCACAGGUUGAAAAACAAAAAACUGUGA